AUGGCAGGUGGUUUUUCCCCGCUUCAAAGAAACAGCUCGCCGAUUGAAAACGAAGCAUCGCGCCGCCGCCGCCGCCGCCGCCGGAUGCAUACUAUUUCCUCCGCGGUGAAGAGGAGGCUCAGACUGAGGCCUCGGUGCCUUCCUCAUGCCUCCCCAGCGACUGCUCCUCGCUGCGGAUGCAGCAGCUACGGCGCUCGCGAGGCCGUCGGCUCGCACGACUCGCUCCUCCUCCGGCUGCAGUCGGGCCCCGCCCUCACGGAGGUACGGAGAUUGCACGCUGCGCUGCUGGUGCGUGGCUACCGUAGAAGCACCGUCCUCGCCGCGCAGCUGGUGCGCGCGUACGCCAGGCUGCGGGAUGGUGGGCUCGGGCACGCGGUGCGUGUGUUCGACGGAAUGCUUACGAGGAACUCCUUCGCGUGGAACGCUGUUAUCAAGGGCCUUGUCGACGCUGGCAGGUUCUCGGAGGCGCUGCAGUGGUACUGGGACAUGGUCUGUGACGGCUUGGUCGUUGCUGAUCGUUUCACGUACCCACCUGUUCUGAAAGCAUGUGCCGCACUUGGCGUGGUUGAGCUGGGGAGAAAAGUUCAGGAGAACGUGGAGGCGGACAUUGCCCGGGGUAUUACAAAGAACAAUGUGUUUGUGCAGUGCGCGCUCGUGGACAUGUUUGCCAAGUGUGGGUGCUUAGGUGAAGCAAGGAAUGUGUUUGAGAGCAUGGAAGUGAGAGAUCUGGCUGCGUGGACUGCGAUGAUAGGAGGAACUGCGCAUGGAGGAGACUGGUUUGAGGUGAUGACGUUGCUUAAGCGCAUGAAGUUAGAAGGGUUUUGGCCUGAUUCGAUGAUUUUUGCUACUGUUAUUCCAGCAUGUGGUAAGGUGAAAGAGCUGAGGACUGGAAUGGCAUUGCAUGGAUGUGCGGUAAAAUGUGGAGUAGGUGAUGAUAUCUGUGUUCCUAAUGCUUUGGUUGAUAUGUAUUGCAAAUGUGCUAGGCUGGAUAUGGCUGCUUCCCUGUUUUGGUCUAUCGAUCACAAGGAUGUUAUCUCUUGGAGUACCAUAAUUGCAGGGCAUUCACAGAACAGAAUAUAUCAUGUGAGUGUCAAUUUGUUUACUGAAAUGGUUGCUUCAGGAGUAAAACCAAAUUCUACUACCCUAGCAAGCAUACUUCCUAGUCUUUCAGAGCUGAGGUUAUUGAGGUAUGGAAAAGAAAUUCAUUGCUUCUCAUUAAGAAAUGGACUCGAGCAUAGUGAGUUUCUUGUCAGUGCACUCAUCGACUUCUACGGUAGACAAGGAUCCAUUAGGGACGCAGAAAUUGUUUUUCAGUUCACGCCGAAGAAUGAUUUGGUCGUUUUGAAUUCAAUGAUCGGAGGACAUGUUGUGAAUGAGGAUUCAGAGUCUGCAUUACGUCUAUUAAGGGCACUGCUGAAAGAGGGAUUUAGACCUGAUCGUGUGACUGUUCUUUCAGUUCUUCCUCUAUGCAAUCAACACUCCAGGCUCCUCCAGGGUAAGGAACUACAUGCUUACGCCAUCAGGCAUAACAUAAGUUCAUGUUGCUCAGUUAGUAAUGCACUUACAGAUAUGUACUGUAAGUGUGGUUGCCUAGAACUAGCCAUCAAGAUUUUUCUGCUGAUGACAGAGCGAAAUACUGUUACAUAUAACACUCUGAUUUCUUCUCUGGGAAAGCAUGGUCAUGCAGAGCAAGCAUUCAUUCUUUUUGACCUAAUGAAGAGAGAUGGAGUUUCUCCAGAUAAAGUGACUUUUGUAGCUCUGUUAUCAUGUUGUAGCCAUGAGGGCCUUAUUGAUAAGGGCUUGUGCUUCUAUGAUUCCAUGUUGCGGGACUAUAAUAUUUCUCCAGAUAAGGAGCACUAUUCGUGCAUUGUUGACCUUUACAGCAGAUCUGGGAGGCUUGAUGAUGCUUGGAAUUUUAUUGCAAAUUUACAAGAAGUGCCAGAAAUCGAUGUUCUUGGGUGUCUAUUGUCAGCAUACAGAGAGCACAAUAGAAUGGACAUUGCUGAGCUCGUUGCAAAAAGAAUAUUUGAGCAAAACCCCAAUGAUCCUGGCUAUCACAUUCUGUUAUCUAACAUCUAUGCCAGUGCUGGAAUGUGGUCUGAGGUGACUAGGAUAAGAACUAUGAUAGAAGAGAGGAGCUUGAAGAAGAAAACAGGAAAUAGCUUGAUUUAA